ACAAAAAACAAUGAGAGGAAGAAGCCCUAGUCAUCUCCCCUUCUGAUCAGUCUCUCUACUAAACCCUUCAAAUCUAAGCCGUCCAUUUGAACACUUUACUUUCAGGGCAACCUUCGCCUCCGCCCACCUUUCUCUCUCUUUCUCGUGAACCAAACAGAUUGGCUCAUCUCCCUUAAUCGACUUGCUUCAUAUCAUCCCUGACUGUUUAUCUCCCAGGUAUUUACAUUUUAUAAUCAGUAUUUUCAUUGGUCUUCUUUAAGCUUCUGAGGAAUACGGCACCAGUGUUUUGGUUUCUAUUGUAGAGUAAACAUGAACUUGAAGCAUUUAGUUUUUGGGAAAACAAUCAAUAAUUUAUCAAAAAUCAAUGCCAAACCAGCUUCUGUGAGGUCCAAGGACUUGUCUACCAUUUCAGCCGCAAUAUCUCCUUCCAUCCAUCAAGUAAGUAGUGGUCAAAAUUAUGCAUAUCUUCAAAACCCUAAAAACCCUAAACCCACUUUCCCUUUUCUUAGAUAUAUUUACUCAACCCGAGAAACUAGGCUAAGUUAUGCUGGUGUUGAAGCAAAACUUGUGUCUAGUGAAUCUGAGGAUGAGGAGGAUGGAGCUGUGAACGAGUUUUUAUCUCGAUUCAUUUGGAUAACGAGAGGGAAGCUAACUGAAGUAUACACGGAUUGUAAUAAGGAGACAAUUGAUGGGAUGCUUUUAGUCAUUGUGGAGAAGGUUGUGGAAGAGAUGGAGAAGGGUGGUAUUCAGCAGAUGGUCGGUUCGACAGUGGCGAUGCCGACGCAGGAAUUUAGUGAAGAUUUAUGGAGGACUGUAUGGGAAGUGAGUAAUAUGGUGUUGGAGGAUAUGGAGAAGGCGAGGAAGAAGGAGAAGAUGAAGCUGUUUUUGCAAUCGGAAGAAGUGAAAGAAAUGUGUAGGUUUGCGGGUGAAGUUGGGAUUCGUGGGGAUUUAUUGAGGGAGCUUCGAUUCAAAUGGGCUAAAGAGAAGAUGGAGGAGAAAGAUUUUUAUGAGAGUUUAGAACGGUUUAGGCAUAAAAAGCAAGAGAAGGUUGGAAAUGUUUUAGAUAAACAUGGUGUUGCAACAGAAGAUACACCAAAGGUUGCGUCUCUUCCUAAAAGAAAGGGAAAUAUUAAGUAUAAGAUAUAUGGACUUGAUAUGUCGGAUCCUAAGUGGGCUGAAGUGGCUCAUAAAAUCCAUGAGAGAGAGGAAAUGAUUUGGCCUAAAGAGCCAAAGCCAAUACAUGGGAAGUGCAAAUUGGUCUUGGAGAAAAUCCUGUCAUUAAAAAAGGAGGAUGAUCCUUCACAGCUUUUGGCUGAAUGGAUAGAACUUCUGCAACCAACUCGUGUUGACUGGAUCACUUUGCUCGAAAAGUUGGAACAACAAAAUCCUGACAUACACUUGAAGAGGCAACUUCUCCGUUUUCGACUCCCGUGGCUGUCAUCAGCUGCGACUACCCGUCCUGUAGCUGCUGCACGUCCUGCAGCUCAAACUGAAGCCCCUUCCCAGCCAAACACUACGACCCCUGUCCAACGACCACCAUUUCGGCCUCCCGGGACUGCCCCACAACAGACCCCUCCGACCCAUCCUCAAGCACCCACCCGAAAAAAAGAACCUCAUCCAUUAUCAGCAUCUCGUGGAGCAAUUCAAACUCUGGAUACCUUGCAAUCUCGAACACCGUCUCGGGUACCCACACAAGCAAGGGCUGUCUCAGUCCCUCCAUCUCCAUCUCGCAUUGUUUCCCGGCCUCAAUCAACAGAACAGGCAGUCUCCAAGCAACAAUCUUCAUCGCGUUUGACCUCUCAGCCAACAGGCCAAACAUCUCCGCAGCCCUUUUCUCCAUCACAUCGAGCCACUCAAGCACAAGCAUUGUCUCCAAAUAAAUCCCCAACAGCUAUACAAGAAAGGUCCCAACCUCCAAGUUCCAGUCAAUCCCCACCGUCUGCCUCACAACAUACUGAGCCAUCUGGUGUUGCAGUAAAGCCUUCAGAGGCAUCAGUUGAGAUAAAAGAAGUUGCACCAAUUACUGGCGCAACUACAGAAAAACCUUCAGCAUCAUUAAAGCCGAAAGAAAGGGCAGAAAGGAAGAUGGUUGCGGAAGAACGCAGGAAAGAAACAGCAAAGGCUUCAACUCAUGAAGAGCCCAAGCAGAGAACUGUUACUAAACUCCUUCCUUCAACAAAUGAUGGUGGGAUGAAAACCAGAGAGCAAUUUGAGGCUGCCCCGGAGAUACGAAAACGACACCAGAAAAAGCAAGAAGAAAUUGGAACAAAGAAGAGAUUGACAACACCAAGCACGGAUGAAAAAGAAAUGAAAACUAUGCUGAAUCCAAAAAUUGAGAGCACACCAAAUAAAGCUCAUCAAAAGCAUGUCUCUUCAAAUUGGGAACAAGUUCCCUUGCAUGAAGAGAUCAGGGAAGAUAUUUCUAAGUUUGUUCAUAAGCUCACCACAGGGCAACCACAGCUGCCAACAGAACAACAGUUAAUCAGUGUUCUAACCCUAGCAGGUGAAAAUAGAGGAGCAUCUUUUCACUUGGGUUCAGAAUCAAGCAAAAAGGAUGGAUUAGUGCACAUUCACCGGGGUUAUAAGAUCAACCCAGAUGACAGCCCUGAUGCUACCACUGAUGGAGAAGGAAGCUUGAGGGGAAGGACGCCUAAGGAUUCAGCAACCAAAGAAAAUCCAGCAUCAAGAGCAUAUGUCAAUAAUAACAUACAAAGCAUCAAUAAUUCAUUUGUGUCUGAAAGUUCUGUGAAUGCACAAAAUCCAGGUGUUCAUCUUGAACUUUUACACAAUUUAGCAGAAUUAAUCAAGUCCAGUACUAAGGCAGAGCAUGCUGAGCCACGCAAGGCUGAAUGUAAUAUUACAUCAACGGAGAAGCUUACACGUGAGCCUACAGUACGAAGAAGAUGCCUCAGAGCGCUUUUUGCAGAAUCAAGUGGCUCGGACCCAGAUAAUCCCAAAAAGCCUCGACGACAUGGUUGCCGCUACAGCUGUGAGGGGAAGAACAAACAAAAAGAGAAAGGGGUUCUAUGGUAACAUAAAUUGAAACUA